ACUUAACAGCUGUCACAUGGCUCACCGUUCUAAAAAAUAAGUAGAUCAAAGCAUUUGUAAUCCAAACACUUUUGCUUCACGCUUUUCUUUUUCUCGGCUUUUUAUUUAUUCCUUUUUUAUUCAAGCAUGGAAGCGACGACGAAAAUAACUCAAGUCGACGGCUGCGACUUUACUUCAUCGGAACUAGAGCAGUUCCAUGCAUUCUGCAAGUACCCAUGGUCCACACACAGCCUCUCCGACGCAUCGCUCGAAGAGAAACUCACACACUAUACCAAACACCACCCCGAUGCCUCACUCUCUCGGCUCCAACAAUGGCUAGAGUCCACGCAGAAUCCGCAAGCACAGCUCUACGAGCGAGCCAAGGUAGAGUACUACAAUGGCAUCGAGCAAAUGGACUAUGGCGAAUACGUGGAAUAUAAGGAGAGCACUGCGCCAAAGGCCCAGUGCCCGUACCAGCACCUGUGGCAGAACGACCAGGAACCUCACCAGCAGCCCGAAAGAGGUGGGCCACGUGAGGGCGUUGGAUUUGACCGAUUUUUUGACUCUCCGGUUACCGCCGAUGCCAUGGACAAGCUCGCAAGGGCCGUCGGAGAGGCCGGGCAAGAUUCCGGAUGCCAUGCGGUGGCCGUCCUAAGCAGCUCCUCCUCAGGCGUGUUUCUCCCAGCACUGGACAGCGGCGACCUUGUAACCGCCAGGCGUACACUGCGAGCACGGCUGCGGUUGGAAAUUGCUUUGCGGCAGCUUAAUGCAGAAAAGCCGUUGGUUAUUUUUGCAAACGGGUCGGUUCACCCCUCGGCAUUCAGUCUCUUGCAGACCACGCGAGAGACCAUUCUCUCUGAGGACCUAUCCCUGCCCUGCGCGCUCUACAACUGGGCGCACCUCAGUGAUGCAGUGGCGCCCGGCACAGCAGAGUACGCUUUGGGACACAGAGCGUUGACCAUUCGGGGCGGUGAAUGGCAGGGGGAGCUAAGUCAAGGCUGUGGGUUUGUUGGUCGGCGCAAUUGGGAGCGAUCCAAGAGCCGCAUUUUGCUGGCUGCUUCGUGCCCACCGCCACAUACGAGAAAUGCGCUUAGGCAGGCGUGCUUGGUGGAGUCGCAGUACCCGGGACCAUGCAGGAUCGGAGUGUGGAAGAAGGAGAUUUUGCAGUAUUUUGCGCCGCUCAUUCGGGCUUCCUCACCCGAAGGCAGCACUUAUGGCGCCGGCGAGCUGAUUAGGGAGCUUGAAAAGGCAGACAAGCCGUGGGCGCGGAAAUACGUCGAGUUUGGACAGGCCGUGGAUGGCCGGCGGCAGUGGGAGCUGUGGGUGGUUGCGCUGAGGGCGGCUAGGGACAUGGAGUAUUCGCAGGCUUUGGCACUGGAAUAUAACUUGGCCGACGCCCUGUGGGAUAGUGCUGAUGCCGGCGAGAUUGCGUGUGCUGAGCAGCUCGUUAGACGCGCUGCCAAUGGGCCGUCGCUGUCCGAGAUCCUGGGCUCUGCCGACUCAGCGCCCAACAACACACAAGCAGCAGUUGUUGCUGACAUCCCAGCCGAAUGCCCCUUUGCUCGCAUGUACCGCCAAGACCCGUCUCGUUUUGCGCACAUCGACCUCGGCGCCCUGUCAUUGCACCACGCAAAACUAGGCUGAUAGAGAGUAUA